UUUCAGCGGUUCCAUCGUAAAAUCUGCUCACCAUUGAGGAUGACCAUCCCUGAAGAUGAGAAGGAAUUCGUGGACCAAAUGUUAUUGGAGCAUAAUACUCGUAGAAAAAUGCACAGUGCUCCAAAUUUAGAGUGCAGUGAAGAAUUAUCGGAAAUGGCUCAACAAUGGGCGGACAAACUUGCAAAACAGGCACAUAUCUCAUUUAGUGAAUUGAGCGGUAUUGGUGAGAACAUUACAUUUUUCCCUCCAGAUAUUGAUGCUGAGUCAGUCGUGGAGCAUUGGUAUCAAGAGCAUGAAAAAUACGAGUACGAAACCCCUGGAUGGCAGACUGGAACCAAUUACUUUACACAAGUUAUUUGGCGGUCGACAAAAGAGAUUGGUGUCGGAUGUGCAUAUGUGAGGAAAUCUCAUGAAAAUGAUGAAGACAACACAUCAUGCUCAAAUGGAAGUGUUUGCAAAUCAAUGACUUCUCUGAGUAGCAAUGGAAAACUGGCAGCAGAAGGCGAUAAAGUGAUUGUUGCCUUCUAUCGUCCCGCAGGAAACAACAAUCGAUCCGGGCAGUUUGCGUCAAAUGUCUUAAAGCCGAUAAUUUAAAUGUAUAUGUCUUUCUUUGAAUUUGUUUGACACUUUCAUUCGAUCAUCUCCGUGAAAAAAACAGCAAGAAAAGACACGUUUUGAUAAUAAAACAAAAACACACUCGAUUUGAAAUUUGAAAUACACUCAAUAAAUAGAAAUAAAUAGCUCAGUAAA